CAAUGUAUUAGUCGAAAUCUGAGACAUUUAGCAACGAUUACUUCUCUAAGUGACAGUGUUACUCGUAGGCUGUAAGGUAAUGGAAGCAAUAGAUUUAGGCAAAGCUCUGUGCGUUGUCACCGGAGCGUCCCGAGGUUUUGGCCACAGCCUGGCCCUGCAUUUAAGCACACUAUUGAAGUCGGGUUCCAUGCUUGUGGUGAUCGCGAGAAGCGAGGGAAAGCUACGAGAGCUGCAAGCUGAAAUCCGCUCGUCUGGCGUCACCGAAGAAACCUUACAGAUCAAAAAUGUGGCAGCCGAUCUUGGAAAGAAGGAGGGUCUACAGGAAGUCGUCAGAGUGCUGACAGAAACCGAAACAUCAUCUUUUAACCAUAUGCUGUUAAUCAACAACGCAGCAUCCUUAGGAGACAUCUCCAAGUUUGUUGUCAAUUUGACAGAAUUGGAAGAGGUCGACCAGUACUUCUCUUUCAAUUUUAGCUCGGCUUUGUGCCUUACUGCCUCCCUCUUGAAGCACUUCGUCAAAAGACCAGGACUGAAACGAACCAUUGUCAACAUAAGCUCCCUGUGUGCUCUGAAACCUUUCAAGUCAUGGUCUCUAUAUUGCUCGUCAAAGGCUGCCAGAAACAUGCUCUUCCAAGUGCUAGCUGAGGAAAACCCUGAUAUCCGAGUAUUGAACUACGCUCCAGGACCCCUGGAUACUGAAAUGCAGGUGGCUGCACGUUCUCAGUCUGGAGACUCUGAAUUGCGUGAGACAUGUGCCAGAUUGCAUGAAUCUGGUCAGCUUAUCUCCUGUUCUCAAUCUACCAGCAAACUAGUUCAUCUUCUUUUAAAAGAUCAGUUCAAAAGUGGAUGUCAUAUAGACUUCUAUGAUGUGUAAACACUACUUGUAUUCUGAUAAGUAACUGUGUCAUGGGCCACCACUCUGACCAGCCAAGCCAUACAUGUCUGUUACUGGGACAGCGGCUGGUCUGAAAGUCUUAAGUUAUAGCUAUGUUGUUUUCCUUGCUAUGUCAAUUGCUUUUUCCAGUAAUGUAGCUUUACUUUCUGCUUGGUGUGCCUCCAAUGUUCUUUUUAAUGUAUGAUUCCUAACAUUCCAAAAAUGAUGUGCCAGUCAAUCUUUUUGUUCAAACUAAAUGACACCUUCUAUUGGCUAACUAAAAAAUUACAAUAUGCAAGCUUUCAAGACCA